GCGGGAGAAUAGGUUUGGUGGUCCGAGAUCCGAGGCAACGGUGGCUCCUCGAGGUCCACGGUCCCGGGAGUAAUGUGAGGAUUCUUGCUUUUCUGGAAGCUAACACAUAGUCAGUGCCAAAGUAGUGACAGAAGAAAUCUUGGGAGGAAGCAUUUUUGUCUUGUACUUGAAACAGCUGCUGGGCCCACCAUGGCUCCUGUGAAGAUCAGCCAUGUGGUAUCAUUCUCUUCUCAGGAUCCCAAGUAUCCUGUAGAGAACUUGCUAAACCCAGAUAGUCCAAGGAGACCUUGGCUCAGCUGCCCUCAGGACAAGAGUGGGCAAUUGAAAGUAGAACUACAGCUGGAGAGGGCAGUGCCCAUUGGCUACAUUGAUGUGGGUAACUGUGGCUGUGCGUUCCUGCAAAUUGAUGUGGGCCGUUCUUCCUGGCCCCUGGACAGACCUUUCAUAACCCUGCUCCCUGCAACCACGCUAAUGUCUCUAACUGAUUCAAGGCAGGGGAAGAACCGCUCCGGGGUCUGCAUGUUUAAAGAUGUUGAUUUCCUGGCUCCAGCCUCAGGAGAGUUAUGGGAUCGACUUCGCCUGACCUGCUCCCAACCCUUCACGCAUCAUCAGUCCUUUGGCCUGGCCUUUCUACGGGUGCGUUCUUCUCUGGACUCCUUAGAUGACUCUGUGGUGGGUCCCUCAGCCCUUGUGAGCUCUGUGCUGAACAAGGACUGGAGUGCAAUGGCAUGAUCUCGGCUCACUGCAACCUCUGCCUCCCGGGUUCAAGCAAUUCUCUCACCUCAGCCUCCCGAGUAGCUGCGAUUACAGACACACAGCACCACACCUGGCUAAUUUUUUGUAUUUUAGUAGAGAUGGGGUUUCACCAUGUUGACCAGGCUGGUCUCAAACUCCUGGCCUCAAGUGAUCCACCCGCCUCAGCCAUCCAAAGUUCUGGGAUUACAGCCAUGAGCCACCACGCCUGGCCUAGUUCUCAUACUAUUUCUGUGACAUCUGCAGUUAAUUUCCUCCACUGAAGUCUUGAAAGCCCACUAGGAGGGUUGGAAUCAACUUCUUCCAAAUUCACGUUAAUGUUGAUGCUGUGACCUCCUCCCAUGAAUCACCAGUAUUCUUAAUGGCAUCCAAGAUGGUAAAUUAUUUCCAGAAGGUUUUAAUUUACUUUCCUAGAUCCAUCAGAGGAAUCGCUAUCUAUAGGCAGAUAUAGCCUUACAGAAUUUAUUUCUUAAAUAGCAAUGCUUGAAAGUUGAAUUACUCCUUGAUCCGUGGGCUGCAAAAUGGAUGUUACGUUCGUAGGCAUGAAAACAACAUUAAGCUCCUUGUACAUCUCCAUCAAAGCUCUUGGCUUAGGUGCAUUACCAGUGAGCAUAAAUGUUUUGAAAAGGAAUCUUUCUUUCUGAGUAUUAGGUUUCAACUGUGGGUUUAAAAUAUUCAGGAAACGAUGCUGUAAACUGAUGUGCUGUCAUCUAGGCUUUGCUGUUCCAUUUAUAGAGCACAGGCAGAGUAGAUUCAGCAUAAUUCUCAAGGGCCCUAGGAUUUUUUAAAUAGUAAAUGAGCAUUGGCUUCAACUUAAAGUCACCAGCUGCAUUAGCCCUAACAAGAGAGUUAGCUUGUCCUUUGAAGCCAGGCGUUGACUUCUCUUCUCCAGCUAUGAAAGUCCUAGAUGGCAUCUUCUUUCUUUUUUCUUUUUUUUUUUUUUUUAUCUUUUGAGAUGGAGUCUUGCUCUGUCACCCAGGCUGGAGUGCAGUGGCACGAUCUUGGCUGACCACAACCUCCGCCUCCCAGGUUCAAGCAAUUCUCCUGCCUCAGCCUCCCGAGUAGCUGGGACUAUAGGCGCACACCACCACACCCGGCUAAUUUUUGUAUUAGUAGUAGAGAUGGGGUUUCAACAUAUUGGCCAGGCUGGUCUCGAUCUUGUGACCUUGUGAUCCGCUAGCCUCGGCCUUCCAAAGUGCUGGGAUUUACAAGGUCACCCCCCCGUGACCUUGUUAGUCUUUUCCUGGGUGGAGAGGAUGAUCUUACUCCCAAUAUCGCAGGGGGUUAACACACCCCUGUGAAAAUCUUCCUAUUUUCAGAGGGAGAGAGGCUGAUAUUACUCCCAGGACCGCAGGGGGUUUCCACAGCCCUGUGAUACUCUUCCUAAUAUCCACAGGGAGAGAGGAUGAUAUGACUCCCAAUAUCGCGGGGGGGGGGGGGGGGGGGUACAAAACCCUGUGAUAUUGUUCCUAAUAUCCAGAGCGAAAGAGGAUGAUAUGACUCUCAGUAUCGCAGAGGGUGUACACCCCUCCUGUAAUAUUGUUCUGAAUACCCUGGGAGGGAGAGGAUAAGGUUACAUUGAAUAUCACAGGGAAUGUACACCAACCCCUCUGAUACCCUUCCUAAUGUGCAGGGGAAGAGAGGAAAAUUUCACUCCCAAUAUCACAGAGGCAGUACACCCCACUUGUGAUGUUGUUCCCAAUAUGCAAGUGGGAGAGGAUGACACUACUCUCAAUAUCGCAGGGCUGUUCACAUCCCCAGUGACAUUUUUUCCUAAUAUCUAGGGGAGAGACAAUUAUAUGACAGCAAAGGUCGCAGGGUCUGUACAUCCCUUCCUGAUAUUGUUCCUAAUAUCCAGGGGGAAAGAGGAUGAUAUCAAACAUGAAAGGGGGUAUACAUCCCCCACCCCUACAAUAUUGUUCUUAAUGAUCGUGAGGGGAGAGGAUAAUAUUACUCCAAAUAUCGCAGGGGUUGUUCACCCUUUUGUGUUUUUGUGCCCAAUAUCCAGGAAAAUAGAGGAUGAUGUUACUCCCAAUGUCAAAGUAAUUGUACAGCACCCCUGUGAUAUUCUCCCUAAUAUCCAGAAAGGAAAAGAAUAAUAUUACUCGCAACAAUGUAGGAAAUGUAUACCCGCGCUGUGGUAUCUUUCCCAUUAUCCAGGUGGGGAGAGGAUCAUAUUACUUCCAAUGUCGCAGGGUGUGUACACCCCUUCUGUGAUCUCGUUGCUAACAUCCACGUUUGGGGAGGAAGACCCAGAUCUCCACCCACCCAGAGUAGGUACACCCAAGAACUAGUACAUACUUUUUACCUCCACACUUUGGCAUCUCUGUGAAGUCCACUUGGAGACCUUCAAAGGGGGCUGCUCCAUAAGCUCGUAUGCCGGGCGGAACGGCUGGACCUUGCCUCGCAUCAUGCUGGCGGCAGGUAACACACCGCUGCCUCACCGUUUUGGCAAGGGCUGACAAAGGCGAGAUGUAGAAAUACCAGCCUAACAACUUUUCCAGUGAUUCCUGACCUCGAUGGGUGGUUUCUUGCACAGCCAGUACAACUGCAGCUCCUAGCAGCUGUGGCACAGUUUUACUCUCCCAUCUGGUAUCCGAAUCCAUCCUUCCUCCAUCACUUGUCCUUCCCUCUACCUGGAGAAAGUCCUUUUCUUCUUUAGAAGUAGGUGCAAGAUCAGGUGCUUGAGGGAGCACUGACGCCCAGAAGGGGGCAGAUGCUGCUUUUCGAGCCUCUGAGUCAGCACGGGAAUUCCCCAAACCCAGCAAGAUGGAAGCUUGCUGGUGUCCCCUGCAAUGCAUAACUGCCACCUUGUGGGGUUUCCAUACUGCUUCUAAUCAUUGCCAGAUUUCCUGUUGAUAUUUCGUGCCUUUUCCCCCAGAGUUCAAUAGGCCCUUUUCUUUCUAUCACGCUCCAUGCACUUGAAGGGUUGAAAAGACAUACCGAGAAUCAGUGUAAAUGUUGACAGUCUCACCCUCACUGAGUUCUAAGGCCCCAAUGAAAGCAAUGAGUUCAGCUUUCUGGGCUGAAGUGGCCUGGGGCAAUGAUCUGGCUUCAACAACAGUGUCCAGGGUUAUCACUGCAUACCCUGCACCUCUCUCUCCUUGGGGGUUGAAGAAGCUGCUCCCAUCCACAUAUAGUUCCCAGUCUCCUGAUGGCCAAGGCUGGUCCCGGAGGUCAGGUCUGCUAGAGUCAAUUGAGUCCAACACUUCUACACAAUCAGGCUCAACAGGGCUCUCUGAUACUGGGAGCAAGGUGGCGGGGUGUAGGCUGUUACAAACUUCAAUGGUUAUACGGGGAUUUUCACAGAGCAAAGUCUGGUACUUUGUGAGUCUGGCAUUCGUUAGCCAAUGAUGUCCUUUAGUAUUCAUUAAAGUCACCACAGCAUGGGAGGCCUUUAUGUUCAGGUUUUGCCCAAGAGUCAGCUUCUUUGCUUCUUGUACUCGCAGGGCAGUUGCUGCCAAGGCCCUCCAACAGGGGGGCCAUCCUUUAGAAACCUCGUCUAGUUGUUGAGAGAGGUAGGCCCCCAGCCUUGGCCUGGGCCCCACAGUUUGGGUUCAAAGUCCAGCUGCCAUCUUUUCUCUCUCUGAUGCAUAGAAUGGAAAAGGCUUUGUCAGAUCAGGUAGCCCCAGGGCUGGGGAUGCCAGAAGUUUUUCCUUUAACUCAUGAAAGCCUUGCUGUUGUUGGGAUCCGCAUUCCAAAGGUUCCCAGUCCCCGUCCCCUUGGUGACCUCAUAGAAAGGCUUGGCUAAUACUGCAAAGUUUGGGAUCCACAGUCUACAAAACCCCGCAGCUCCUAAGAAUUCUCCCCUGCCUUCUGCUCUUAGGCUCUGCUAGAUGGCAAAUGACCUGCUUUCAUUCUGAUCCCGGGCUGUGUUCCGACCCCUGUCAGAUAGUAAAUCCCAGGUAACGUACCUGCUGUCGGCAGAUCUGAGCUUUCUUCUUGGACACCUUCUACCCACAGUCCUCCAGGUGCCGGUGUAGGGUAUCUGUUCCCUUGGCACACCCGAAUGCCGUGGGGUGUCCCAGCAGAAGGUCCUCAACCUACUGGAGCAACACGCAGCCUAGGUCUCUCCUGGGAAACUUCUGGAGGUCUCGAGCCCACAUCUCCCCGAAGAUGGUGGGGGAGUUCUUGAACCCUUGGGGAAACCCGGUCCAAGUGUACUGAGUAGUGACACCUGACUCCGGAUCUUCCCACUGAAAGGCAAACAGCUUCUGCCUCUCAGGGGCUAAUCUGAUAGGAAAGAAAGCGUCUUUCAGGUCCAAGCAGGUGAACCAGCUGUCCUCAGCUGGCAGCAACCCCAACAAUGUGGACGGGUUAUUUACUGUUGGAUGUAACGUCAGUGUAGCUUGAUGAAGCAAGCGCAAAUCCUGAACCGGCCGGUAGUCCUUGGUCCGUGGCUUGGGAACAGGCAGGAGGGGAGUGUUCCAUGGAGACUGACAAGGAACAAUAAUUCCAAAAGUUCUUAGGUGCUUGAGACGGACCUGGAUAACUUGAAGGGCUUCUCUGGGGACCGGGUCCUGUUUUUGCCUCACUGGCUGGGCCCGUCUUAACUGGCCAAUCCUGGAGGGUUGUCUUCUGCCCGUACUCUUGGCCACUGCUUAGCCAGAGCUGGUCUUCUCUCUUGGCCCGGCUCAGUUAAGAAAAGUCUCCAUUCCUCCUCUUGGAGAACCAUAAGGGUCAUAAUGACUCCCAUUCCGGGUAACUUUACCAGCAAAGAGCCAUGCUCUGUCAAAGAGAUAGUGGCUCUCAGCUUGCUGAGCAAGUCCCUUCCUAAAAAGAUCAAGGGACAGUCAGGCAUGUACCAAAACUGAUGAAUGACUUUGUGUCCUCCUACAGUACAAGUCCGAGGCAAGCAGAAACUUGCUUUGCUGAAACCCCCGUGGCUCCGAUGACGUCAAUAGUCUUUUUGGAUAAGGGGGCGACAAGGGCGGUUACUAGUGAAUGUUCAGCACUGCUAUCUACCAGAAAGUAAAUGUCUCCACCCCCGACUAUCAUUCUGACCAGAGGCUCUUUGGGAAUGCUUGAGCCGGCUCUCCCUCAGUCCAAGAACCCUUCUGCCCGGUUGAGCAGGGCCCCUUCCUCCUUGUCCGGGGCCUCCUGCUCUGAGUCACCUUGUUUUCUUUUGAGCUGAGGGCAUUUGUUCUUCCACUGUCCUAUUUCUUUACAAUAAGCACACUGGUUACGCUGCAAACUCUGACAGCCAAGCUGAGUUUCUUUCCCUGGGCCCCCCUUCCCUUGCCUCUUUGGGGGGACCUUUGUGAUUGCUGCAGCUGACAAACAGGUCAGCGUGUCGCCGGGCCUGACUUCCAUUCUCUUUGCCGUUUUCCUUACAGCUUACUGCAUCCCUGUUUACAAACACCUGGCUAGCUAUUUUUAGUAAUUGGGAUGGAUUCAUCCCUGCAAGCCCAGCCUGUUUCUGCAGUUUUCUUCUCAUGUCUUCUGGGCUUUGACGGACUAAAGCCGUGUGAAUCAUGCGCUGAUUUUCAGGGCUAUCGGGAUCACAGGAAGUAUACAUACAAUAGGCCUCCCACAGUCUCUUGUAGAAUUGUGCUGGACUUUCUUCUUUUCCCUGAAUGACCUCAGAGAGCUUGUUAACGUUUGUGGCCUUCUGAGCUCCCCUCAUUAAUCCUUCCAGGAGAGCUUCCCUGUCUCGCUUUAGCCUUUGCAUAUCCUUUCUUUCAUGUGGGUCCAACUGAGGGUUGGUUCCUGGCAACUGGGCCCUUCCAUACUCUUGGGCGUUUUGAUAAUCAGCUGGUGCAUGUUCCUCUAGCCACUUAGAUGCUGCUUGAGGACUCUCCGCCUUUCUUCGCUGUUAAAGAGGAACAUGAGCAACUGGUGCCAAUCAGCCCAGGUGGGGUUGUGGGUCUGGAUAACAGCUUGGAGCAAAUCAAUUAGGGCUUGUGGCUUUUCGGUAUAGGGCAUUGUGUUGUUUUUCCAGUUGAGAAGGUCGACGCAGGUGAAGGGCUGGUACCCAAAAACACGCCUCUCCACCACGUGACCAUCCUCAUCUAACCCAGUAUAUCGCUGCUCUCUCAGGGACAUUUGUGUCCCUGUUUUGGUUUGUAAACGAGCUGUUGAGGGAGGAGUGGAAUGGCGCAAUGCGACUUACCGCAAUUAAUAAUCUCAAUUAUUAAUUGGCGCUAAUAAUUAUCAAUUUUAAUAACCCAUAAUAUAAUUUUAAAAAUCAAUACCGAUAAUGAUAAUUAAUAUUAAAUAGUUAUACUAAUGAUAACAAUACAUGAUUAAUAUUGAUGCCUGAUAUUAAUAACUGAUAUUGAUCUUAUUCAUUAGAAAACAGUCAUAUUAGCUCCUAAUAAAUAAUAUUAGUAUUAAUCUGAAAACUUUUUAUUAGCAAUUAUUUCUUAAUAUUAAUAUUAAUAUCGGUCAUUCAUAUUCAUGUUAAUAAUAAAUGAGGAAUAAUUCAUACUAAUAUUAUGCCGUAAUACCUCAGUGGAUGUACACCCACCUGUUAUAUUGCUCGUAAUGUCCAGGGAGGGAGAGAGCAUGAUAUUACGUUCUAUGUCGCAGUAGGUGUACAACCAGCCAGUGAUAUUGAUCCGAAUAAAAUCUCCAGUGGUUGGAGUAUGACGUUACUCACAAUAUAGCACUGAGUGUGCAUCCCCCCGGUGAUUUUGCUCCUAAUAUUCACGGAAGAAGAGAAUGCUAUUACUCCCAACAUCACAGGAAGUAUACACCCCCGUGUGAGAUGAUCCUUAAAAAUAUUCCAAGGCGGAGGGGGUGAUAUGACUACAUAUAUGGCAGAAAGUGGACACCCCCAAGGAUAUCGUUCCCAUGAUCCUGGAGGGAAGAGGAUAAUAUUACUUGCAAUAUCACAGAAGGUGGACACGUCCCCAACUGAUAUAGUUUCUAGUUGCAAUGUGGGAGAGGAGGACCUGACACCUGGUAUCCCAGGGAGUAGAAAUACCCCUGUGAUACUGUUCCUAAUAUUCAGAGAAGAAGAGGAUGAUAUUACUCCCAAUACAGACGGGUGUACAACCUCUGUACACCCAGGGUGUACAGCGGUCUGUGAAACAGUUCAAAAUCUCCAGAGGGGGAGAUGAUAUUACUCACAAUAUGAUAAACAGGCUGUGAGUCCACCGCGGAUCCUAAGAGCCAGGGGGGGCAAGAGGGGCUGGCUCUUACUCCCCGCAUCGCGGGGGGCGCCUCGCCCCCCUGCGAUGGGGCUAGUAAUAUCCAGUGGGGGAGAGGGGUGAUAUUACUCCGUUUCUCGUAUUAUGUUUUCUCUACUGCUACACUUGGUUAACACCCUGGGACAUUAUUUUCCAUAUUCUAGGAAUGUGUCACUGUUUGAGUCCCAGGGGGUAUACACCCUGUGAUAUUAUUCGUGAUAAUGUGGCAAAAUGUGAAUCCUGAUGUCACAAGUGUACACACUCUGAUAUUAUUCGCAAUACCCUAGCGGGACGUUAAUAAUAAUGUCACAAGGUGUGUACAGCUUGUGCCACUAUUCUUAAUCUCCUAAGGGGAGGUUGAUUUUUUUGUCACACGGAGUAGUUUCCCUUUGGUAUGAUUCGGAAUAUCCUGGAGGGAUGUCACUCCUUAUGUCACAGGGUUUGUACACCUUGUCAAAUUACUCUUAUUACCCUUAUAUCACUCCUCAUAUCACCGAGGGUGUACACUCUGUGAUAUUAUCGUCAUAUUCUAGGGAAAUGUUUCUUUUAAUGCCACAGAUGUUGCACACCUUGUGAAAUUUUUCGUUAUAGUUUUUUGGGAUGUGACUCCUAACGUCACAUGGGGUGUACACACAGUGAUAUUACGUGUAAUCUUCUAUAGAAAUGUUACUCGUAAAUCACAGGUCCUGUACACCCUUUAAUAUUCUUCGUCAUAUUCUAGAAAAACGUGACUACUAAGGUCACAGGGCAUGUAGACCCUGUCAUAAAAUUGGUAAUAUCCCAGCGAGAGUUCACUACUAAUUUCACAAUGCGUUUACACCCUUUAAUAUUGUUCUUAUUAUCCUAAAGAGAUGUGACUACCAAUGUUCCAAUGCAUGUACAUUCUCUGAUAUUAUUCCUUAUAUCCUCGGGGGAUGUGACUUCUAAUGUCACACGGCGUGUACUCCCUGUUUUCUAUUUCAUAAUAUCCUAGUGCAAUUGUACUCUUAAUGACACAGGGGGUGUAGGCAUUGUGAUAUUAUUCAUGAUAUUCUAGAAGGAUGCUACUCCUAAUGUCACAGGGGUGUACACCCUGUGAUAGUAUUCAUAAUUUCCCAGGGGUCUAUACUCCUAAUGUCACAGAAGAUAACAUCCUGUGACAUUAUUCGUAAUAUUCUGAUGAGAUGAUUCUCCUAAUAUCACAGGGGGUGUACGCCCUGUGAUAAUAUUCUUACUCUUCCAGGGGGAUGUCACUCUUAAUGUCACAGGUGUGUUCCUUCUUUGAUAUUAUUGAAAAUAUGCUAGCUGGAUACUACGACUAAUGUCACAAUGCGUGUACACCUUGUGAUAUUAUUAGUAAUAUUGUGGGGGGAUGUUACCCCUAACGUUACAGGGGUGUACACCGUGUGAUAUUGCUCCCAAUGUUGUAGGGGGAUGCUACUUCUAAUGUCACAGGGGGUGUACAGCCUUCGAUAUUAUUUGCAAUCUGAUAGAUAUUACUUUAAUGAUCACAGUGGGUGUACACACAUGGGCUACACCCACUGGGAUAAUAUUUGUAAUAUUUUAGGGAGAUAUAACUCCUAAUAUCACAGUGGGUGUACCCCAUGUGUGUACAUCCUGUGAUAUUAUUUGUAAUAUCCAUGGUAAACAUUACUUCUAAUAUCCCACAGAGGGUACACCCUGUGAUAUUUUUCAUAAUAUCAUAGGGAGAUAUUGCUUCUAAUAACACAGUGGGUGUACACCAUGUGUGUACACUCUGUGAUGUGAUAGCUUAUAUCCUAGGGAGAUAUUCCUUCCAAUAUCAGAGUGAGUGUAAACCUUGUGAUAUCAUUCAUAAUCUCCUAGAAAGAUGUUGCUGCUAAUAUCACAGAGGGUGUGCCCCCAGUGACAUCAUUCGAAAUAUCCUAGGGAGACGUUACCCGUAAUGUCACAGGGGUUGUACACCCUGUUAUAUUAUUGUAAUAUUCUAGGGGUGUGUUACUUUUAAAGUCACUGGGGUGUACACCCUGUGAUGUUAUUCGUAAUAUCCUAGGAAGGGGUUACUCCUAAUAUCACAUGGGUUAUCCUAGGAAGAGGUUACUCCUAAUAUCACACUCCUAAUAUCACACCCUGUGAUAGCAUUCGGAAUAUCCAAAAGGGAUGUUACUUUUAAUGUCACAUGGGGUGUACACCCUUUGAUAAUAUUCGUAAGAUCCUAGGGACAUAUGACUUCAAAUAUCACGUUGAGUGUACACACAUGGUGUACACAUUGUGUGUGAACACCUCCUGUGAUAUUAUCCAUAAUAUCCUAGGAAAAUGGGACUCCUAAUAUCACGGUCAGUGGAUACCCUGUGAUAUUAUUGGUAAUAUCCUAAAGAGAUGUUACCACUAAGGUCACAAUGUAUGUCCGCCCCCUGAUAUUAUUCGUUAUAUCCUCGGAGGAUGUUACUCCUAAUGUCACACGGGGUGUACUCCCUGUGAUAUUAUUCGUAAUUUCCUAGGGGUAUGUUACUUUCAGUGUCACCGGAGUGUAUAUCAUGCGUAUUCAACACCUGUGAUAGUAUUCCUAACAUCCUAGGGGCAUGUUCCUCCUAAUGUCACAUGGGGUGAACACCAUAUAUGUACACCUGCUGUGAUAUUAUUUGUAAUAUCCUAGGGGAAUAUUACUCCUGAUGGCACAGGAGAUGUACACCAUGUGUGUCAACCGCCUGUGUCAUUAUUCAUAAUAUCCUAGGGAGAUGUUUCCUUGAAUGGCACAAAGUGUGCGCAAAAGGUCACAGAAGGUGUGCACCUUGUGAUGUUAUCUGCAAUACCCUAGAAGGAUGUUACUCCUAAUAUGUCACAGGGGUGUACACACUUUGAUAUUAUUUGUAAUCUCAUAGAGAGAUAUGACUUCAAAUGUCACAGUGGAUGUUCACACAUAGUGUAUACCCUGUGAUAUUAUUCAUAAUAUCCUAGGGAGAUGCAACCCCUGAUAUCACAGUGCGUGUACCCGGUGUGUGUACACCCUUGAUAUGAGUCGUGAUAUCCAGGGUAAAUAUGACUCCUCAUAUCACACAGUGUGCACACCCUGUGAUAUUUUUCAUCAUACUUUAGGGAGAUAUUGCUUCUAAUAUCACAGUGGGUGUACCCCAUGUGUGUGUACUCUGUGACAGUAUAUUCUAUAUCCUAGGAAGGUAUUACUCGUAAUGACACAGUGGGUGUUCACCCUGUGAUAUCAUUCUUAUUUGACCUUGCUGCCUUUUUUAACC